AUGUUGAGCGAUGACGACGAGAUUGUAGUUCCCGAGAGCAUUAUAGAGGAAGCAAAUGAGGCAGCAGAAGCAGUUAUUCUAUUGAAAUCAAAAACUUUGUACGAAAAGGAAUAUACGGCAUUCUGUACCUGGAGAAAUAAGAGAAAGAAAGCCAAAAGUGUCAACGAAAAAAUCAUUUUGGCUUAUAUUCCCGAAAGGUCCAAGAAAGUUAAGUCGUCGUCUUUAUGGUCCUACUAUUCGCAACUCAAAAAAAUGUUGGCUCUGAAAGAAAAGAUAGACAUCGGCAGAUUUUACCAAGUCACCGCCUUUUUGAAGCAACAUUCCAGAGGAUACGUAGCAAAGAAGUCGAAAGUAUUCACAAGAGAAGAGUAAGAA